UACAGGCUUUACCUACAGACACUUUUGAAUGUCAUAGUAAGUUUAUAAUCAUAGAAGAUAGUAACGAUUCACGAGCAGCAUCUGAUGUCUUAGAGCAGACAGAACUAGACGCGGUAUCCGCACGACUUGAAGCGAAUUGGACUAUUCAGAAUCCCAAAAACAAAACAAGAAAGCCAGUGGCUGAACCUGCAAUUAUAGAAAAAAAGAAAAAGAAAAAUAGGAAUCAGCGUCGAAAGGCUAGGGAACAAGCAAGACAAGCAAUAGAGAUGAACACAAUUCCACUAUAUACCUACGUACCUUCUAAAAACACAGUUAACAGUACUCCUAACACAAAUACCAUGAAAGCAGCUAUCGCCCUUGAAGCCAGUACUCUUAAAAGAAAUGAAGAAAACCCGAAUAUACCAAGAAAAAGAACUAUUGAGGAGGUCAUAUCUCCUACUGAUCCUAAGAGGAGAAAGCUCAGUGCCAAUGAAAGUAAACAAGAGACAAUAUCACGUAAAAGAGUCCUAGUUGAUAACAUUGGUAAUAGUGUCGAUGCUAAGAGACAAAAAACAGAAACGACAGGAAAUAAAACGUAUGCAGAAGCUGUAAGGUCGGGUCUGAUAGUUUCCAUCACAACAUUAAAUAGAUAUUUUACUCCUCAGCUUUCCGAAGAAUUUCAGCAACAAAUACAAACGAGACUAAUGGAAGAAGCAAAAUCAAAUAACAGUCCCGGCCCAAUAUUUAGAGGAAAGCCAAUAUAUUCCAACGGUGCUUUACGUCUUUGGUGUGAAGAUGAAACCACGCUUUCGUGGCUUAAACGUACCACUUCAACGAUGACUGUUUCUUCAGGAGUUAAAAUAAUUAUAAAAACCCGAAGAGAAGUAGAACCUAUGGUACGCUGUGGUAUAGUUUUACCUGGUGUUUGGGAUGACUUUACUUUGAUUGUAAAAGCAUUGAGGUAUCAGAAUGCUUGGGCAGAAGUUGAUAGUUGGAAACUGCAUAGGAUUGAAAAACAGGAGACUGAUACUUUUGCUGUUAUUAGUGUACCAAAGGUUUUGGUGAAAAGUAUUUUAGGGCACGAACGUCGACUUGCCUUCAUGUUAGGUUCUGUAUACGUGAAGUUUCAAGGUUCUAAAGGAAAGUAUUUUGAAUAUCCGCCACAAAAUGUUUUCCAGAAUAUGCAUAAACGUGUGGAAAGUGCUGAUAUGACCAACCAAGGGGUAGGAAUGCAAUACCAAACUUUGGAAAGGACUGACUCAGUUUCUGAUAAAGAUGUAGAAUUUGGAGACCAUUUGGAAAGUGAACAGAAUCUUAGAAAUUACUUAGAAAGCGCAGACAACACGCGCUUAGGCAAUACCAAUAAAGAAAGGGUGGGAAUGCCAAGAGAAGGUAUCCCGUUCUAUCAAACUUAACAAGUAACCAAGACAACCUCCACCAUAAACUACAAUUUAUGGCUUUACUUUUGGUGGGGGUUUUAUACAGCCAUAUUAAUCUUAGAGCCAUGGAUCAGAACAGGCACAAUUUACGGACAUG